UUUUAAUCAAUAUUGGUUCCGGUGUGUCCAUUGUUAAGGUGGUGGAACUGUUUUAGGAUUAGCUCGGUUGCUUUUAGGCAAUUAUACUUUUGAACAAGUCGUGGAAUUAUCUCGACAUGGCAAUAAUACCUUAGAUCUUGUAGUAGGAGACUUACGUGGAGAUGCAGCAGGAAGCCUCCAUUUACCUAGUGAUACAUUAGCAAGCAGGUCACCUAAUGAUAAACAACAUACUUUCUUGAAACUGUGUUUUUUAUUUCUGUGAAAAGUGUUGUAUGAAAAAAAUGUGCAAUACAUUUCAAACUAGUACUGUGUCUUAUGUUUUCGAUAGCUUUGGAAGGCUUUAUGUGAAUGACCAAAGUGUUUCUGAAAUUCACAGAUCCAAUCAUGCGGAUAUAGCUAGAAGCUUGAUAACAAUGGUGGCUUAUAAUAUUGGAUACUUAGCAUGCCUUGUAGGUCGGAUUCAUGGUGUGACCAGAUUCGUUUUUGCUGGUAAAUUUAUUCAUAAUCAUGAUGUUACCAUGAUGGAAAUUCGGCGAGCUGUGAAUUUUUAUGCCACCUAUUAUCACCAAAAUGUCACUUUCAUUAACGAACAAGAGUGUAAAAUACCACAACGGACCUGUGCAGUGCAACCUUCAAAAAGCAUUUGUCAAAAAUGCCCAAAACAAAUUUGGGAUGAGUCAAAACGAAAAGUUUUGAAAGAUCAAAAUACCUAUUGUUCACAAAGUCAGUUUUCAAAUGAAGAAAGUGUACCUUGUAGCUCAAAAUCCCUUCUUCUUUCCUCUCCAACUGCAAGAGUUUCACACGACAUUAGUCACACUCGAGAGGCUUCUGAUGAAUCCAAAGCGCUUUUCUUGACCCAUGACGGGUAUCUUGGUUCUUUAGGUGCUUUUUUAUUGUUGCAUAAAAAAAAGGUGUAGUCAGCGUUUACAUUUUUUUUUGUCAAUAACGUGUGGUGGGACCAGCACAAAAACACACUGCUGCCU